UCUAAAAACGGACAGACGAACCCGAGGCCCCAAGUCGAAAAACUACGGCGCGCGCUGAGGCUAGCGCUCUCGAACCCUUUUUCCGAACAGCCGCCGACCGACGAAGCAAGACGCACGCACUCCGACGAGGGACGUUUCGGCACGAAGCAGUGGUCACUUCUCUGACCACGUGAUCUCUUUGCUUGCGGAAGCUUCGAACUUCUCAAAAAGAAGGCGCGACUCGCCCCCUCCCUCGCGUCAGAGUUUGCCGCGUCAGCAGCGACGACGAGAAAAGAGCAGGCAGCAGAGGAACGACUGGCAACGCGUUCAUCUCUGAGCGAGACCAUGGCGUUCCAGAGGCCAUUCCUCAUCAUCCUCAAGCGUGAAGAGCCCGGCCAGCCCUGGGGAUUCAGGGUCUCCGGCGGUGCCGACCUGGCUACGCCCCCCAGGGUGGACAAGGUGGCCGACGGGGGUCUUGCGGCGCUGCAGGGGAUGCACGAAGGCGACCUCAUCAUACAGGUGGGGAAGCACAACGUCCAGGAUCUGACCGAGGCCCGCAUCAACUCGCUGCUCGCACAGCCCGCCAAAAGGCUCGAAGUCUUCAUCGUCAGAGAAGACUUUCUCCAGAAGCCGAGAAAGGGCGAGCCCUCGACAGUGAAGGCCGUUGUACACAACCAGUACAACUCGCCCCUGCAGCUCUACUCGCAGGAGAAAGUCGCCGAGACUUUGGCAUAUCACGCCCAGGCCAUCACCGCCGAGGACGGGGUCAACAACAUCCAACCCGUGGGGCUGCCCCAGAACCUCGUUCGCUCCGCUGUCCUACAGGCUCUGAGCGAAGACGAAAUUGGUGGAAACCCAUAUCGAACCGCGAACGGGACAACUGCAGUGCAGAGGACUACUGCGCCUCCAACACCUCCACCAAAACCGCGGCCUCCAUCCUAUAGCGGAGGACCGCCGCAGCCAGAGAGGCCGUACUCUUCGUCCGGACACCACGUGACGUUUUCCAACCCGGGAACUCCCGGCACGCCUCCUAUCCAGCAGCAUCACACCUACGUACCGCCUCCACCGCCGCUGCAUACCUACCAGCAGCCUAGCUACCAACAACCAGCUUAUCAGCAGCAGCCGGCUUACCAACAGCAACCAGCCGCCUAUCCGGCGCAGCACGCACGGCAAAGCAGCUACGAGGAGGUCGACCAGCGUCAGCAGCAGAUUCGGGAAGCCGAGCUUAGGCAGCGCCAGUACGAAGAAGAGCGGCUGCAGCAGGCGCAGUACGAAGAAGGCCGCUUCCGCCAACCACCGCAGGACUUCCGGCGUGCCGAGUUCGAAGCCGAGCAGAGGAGGCUUCGCGAAGAAGAGGAGCGCCGCCGACGCGUGAUUCAGGAGGAAGAGGGUAGGAGGCGCCAGGAGGAGGUGCUGCGCCAGAGGCGACUCGAGCAGGAGGAGCAGGAGCGCCAGCGGCGUCAGGAGCAGCAGGAGUACGAGCAGUACCAGCAGCACCAGCAGCAGUACCAGCGAUAUUUGGAGGAGCAGAAGCGUAGGGACGACGAGCUGAGGCGGAGGAACGUGGAGCAGCAGCAAGUGCAGCAGCAAGAAGCCGCCCGCCGCCGACAGCUCGAAGAGCAACAGCGAAGAGCCCAGCAGCAGCAGCAGCAGCAGGUGCGCUUCCAGAACGCCCAGCGGGAGCCGCUGAACGUGCAGCGAGCCCAGCAAGAGGCCCAGAGGCGCUACCAGCCGAAUACAGCUGUGGCCAGCUCACCCCAGCACCAGGAGCAGGUGGGCUCUCAAGCUCAGCGCUGGGAGACUAGGAUUUGGGAGGAACAGCAAGCCAGGAUGCCCGGCACACCGCUAGGAUCGCCCAGCGUCUCGCGUCGGGCGCGCGACAACGUGUGGCCUCCAAAGGAAUCAAGCGUGCGAUGGACUCCUAAGACGGGAUUUUCUCCGCAACUGACACGCCAAAGUUCGCAGGGCGCCAAGCAGUUCGUGUGGCCACCGCCAAAGUCCGGCGUGACCAACGGAGAUGACGGCGGCUUCCCGUCUCGGCCUCCGAGUCGCUCGGCCGUGAACGCGUGGCACCCGCCGCAGUCGCCCACGUCGGGCACGCGGACGCCACCGUUCGCCCGCUCCCCGUCGCUGGGUCGCCGCACGCGGGACAUCGCCUGGCCGCCGCCGCAGCCCGACUCGUCGCCCAAGUUUGUGCCGCGGCCCGUGAGCCGCAGCGGCCUGCACCGGCCCGACGAGUUCAUCCACCAAAACGCCAGCUGCGGCGUGCCGCCCACCUAUAGGCCGCCGCCAAACUCCUCCCAGUACCUGUAGAUCGCCUUUCCUCGGAGCCGCGUAGGGUUCCCCUACGUCCCCCGCCGUACAGGAGAUGUGCGGGAACGCUACACAACACCUCCGCGCCCUAACACUGCGUGCAGUCCCCUGUUCCCUUCGUUUUCCCUUCGCGCACGCACGCACGCUCCCCAGAGCACGGCCUCUUUCGCGUUAAUUUUAAGCCCACGCUAGUUCUCAUGCUAACGUUAAUGGGCGCUUUUAACGGCGCCUAAUCGGUUCUCAGUCUUCGUGAUUAGUCGUGCGCGACUCGCAGGACGGAUAGGCUUGCUAUACAAGCUCGCCAACGAGCGAUUUUAUUCGUGUGGUCUUAUGCCAUAAACUCCGCGUCAGGGAUUUAAUUAAAAGGAACGGAGUAUUAAGCUUUAAUAGAUCGAGUGGCCGUGGUCUGUGGAGCCGGUUAACACCCCGGCGUGAUAUACUAGAAAAAUAUGGGGAGUGGUUAGAUACGUGACAUUCCUGGUGCACGUUAUUCGCGUGUUUCUUUAUGUCGUUUUUUUUUUAUCGAGUAAAAGAGACAGCGUGGUUGACUGCCGGCUCGAAGCAGUAAGGCUGCUUUUAGUUCAAAUAGAAGAAUAAAGAGGCUAGGUUGCACAUUGAGAUUAUACUUACCCGCCACAUGUAUGGUCCAUCCGUGAAACAGGAUAGUCUACCACGUGCGGCGAGAACGUGCACCAGGGACGUCAUUCUUUUUCUUUCGCGCUGCGCACACACAUUAGUUGAACAGAUUGCGGCAAUUUCGUAAUGUAUGUCCGACCGAGAAACGAUAAAGUGAAAGUCGUUGCCGGUUAGCCGAAGAACAGACUUCGUGUGUAGCUGCACCGCGGAAAUUGUCACUUUUUGUUACAAUUUCUUUUUAGAGAGAGACGUUCGCGAGAUGUUCGAGUUUUUUCACUACUUAUUCAAGUUUGUCAGUGUUAUAUCGAGGCCGUCCAUUCGCGUAUUGUACAUGCGUUCUCCACCAUUGCCCGGUGUGCUAUUUAUUUGUAUUCUUAAGUGGAAGCCAAUUCACGGAGCACCGCUUACGCACGGCUGUUCGCGAAAAAGAAAUCGUUAUCAUAAUUAACGAUGUUGUAGAGAAAAAGCUUUUACAGACUGCACGCGCGUACGUUUUAAAAGAAAAAGCUGUGAUACGAUAUCGAAGGGCGAAGUGUUUCCACAUUUCGCGCGCGAAUAACAUUUUUUUUUUUUUUGCAAUGUGGCUUGGUGAUCUAACAUCUUCUGCCCUCCGUCUUCUGCCCAGGAUUAACAGACUAGAGGCAGAUUGUGACUGUAAAUAUGCAGCGACACAGCUGUUUUUACUCCGCACAUAAUCUGCCUCAACUUUUACUAAAAGCAAACAAACAAAUACUAACACUGACUCAGGACCAGCGGGCCACAGAUCACCUCUUUACCAAGCGGUGUGCUGUCCUUGUUAAAGUCGGGACGCCGAAUGCGCAUGUGAUGCGUGACCUGCUACCUCUGUCAGGAAAAGAGAUGGAACGUUAUUAGGCUCUUGCAAAAAACGCGGUUCAGAACGCCGAAGCUUUAGACGAGCACGCAUUUUCUUUUUUUUUCCCUGUUAUAAGCCUCUGUUCGGGUGCUGUUUUUUUAUGUUGAUGUUUGAAUAAACGAUAAAGAAAAAGAGAUACUUCUUGUUGGCGA